AGUAUUUUUUAAGUCUGGAAAACCCCGUCACUUUCAUAGAUAUAGUGAAUAUGGCUAUAUUUGCGGUAUCAUAUUAAGAAAACCUACUAUCUCAGCAGUUCCAAAAUUCAUAUUCAAUUGGUUUUAUAUCUAUUCUAUGCAUUUUCGCUGCUAGAAAUUAUUUACUCUUUAAAUCCGUUUUCACAAAUGCCGACUUAGGGAAAUAUGGACAGUUUUCCACCAUAUCUCUUUAAUGUUAAACCACGGACUUAGAUAACUAAUCUAAUUCCGUGGUUAAACGAAGUCAAGAAAAAAAUCUAAGAAAAAAUGAACUAAUAUAGACUCCAACAGUUGUAUUAUUAUUGUAUUUAUGCUAUGACGAUUUACAGAAAUUUAAAUUACUCCUGUGAAGUAGAGAUGCAUAUAUAUAUCACAUAAUAUGAUAUAUUGAUCUCUGCGUGGAAGCGCUCCAUGAGUAUGUCAGUCUCUUCAAAACCACGGACUUAGAUAGCAGAUAAUCUAAUUCCGUGUCAAAACAUAGAGAUUUUUUACCGAUCGGUACUACCGCGCGCUGUGUGCCAUCGGGAACCAGCACAACCGGCAAGUCACGAUUAAGUUUGCCCAUUUUACUUCCGCAUACGGCUUGAGGACAGACAUCUUUAAUUCAUUCUCAUAUCCACUGAGCUACCAGCGACUGCAGGUUUGUACAGAAACAUCAGAAAUGGCUUCAGAUAUUCCAACAGAGGCCAAAGACAUCCACAACGAAUUGGUGUUUUAUCUUGGAAGACAGAUUAAGAAGGAAGAAUUCCAUGAACUUAAGAACCUGUUUAGUAACAAUAAUCCAUUAGCCCCAACCGAGGUUGAAUUGAUUAAAAACAUCUAUGACCUAUUCACCAAUCUUAUGAGAUACAAAACAAUAGCUGUGGGAGACUACACACAAUUUGUACGGAAACUUGAACUUACAAAUCUUGACCUGGUGGGAUAUGUGAACGAGAAAGAAAAUGCAAUAAAAAGCAUUGUUGAUAGAGGUCCAUCACCAGCCAUGCAACCAAGGCCAGGAGAUCAAGGCCAGCAACAGUCUCCAGGUUUGUGAUCAGUACAUGUUCAGUGGAAUGUAAAAUGUAAAGUUUGGUCUAGUGAAUACUAUGUUAGAGGAGGGAUGUACUUGUACACACAAGUAUACAUGUAAGAACAUAUUUCAGUGACACCCAUGCAUUGAAAGGACUAUGUAACAGUGCUGGUUGUUCAAAUCGCUUUUUGUCUGUAGUUUCAUCAGUCAGGAAGUCCAUCAUUCCUUGUCUGAACAUUUUUUGCUGUCUGUGUGUCUGUCUGCUUUAAGAGUAUUCUGAUCAAGUUCCAUAAAGUCCAGGGUUUUCUGAUUUUUCGCCAGUAGGACUUGAGAUUGACUUGAGAUUGAAAUCUAUAAAAUUUCCUCAUAUUAAAGACCUUGACAUCAUUUCAAGGUCAGAGGGUCAAAUACUUGAAAUACUUGCAACGACAAUUAUCUGAAGAAUAAAAAGGACCUGAGCCAUCAUAUUUGGAUAUGUUAUGUAAAUAGGUAGUGAUAACCUUGUUAUGGAUUAUAUACUUGGCCCAUAUAGUUCUGUAUGUUCCAAUUUCAGAGUUCAUGAGCUCAAAAUUCAUGUUGCAAUUUGAUUUCCACAACUUCCUAGUUACCUCAGUACCAAUAUUUGUUCAGAAAGAGAAAAGAAAAAAACCUACAUACCAGCAUGCGCAACAUUCCAUGAUAUUUGAGCCACGAUCCCUCUGGGAUCUCAGGUGUACUGUUACACUUUCAUCAUGGUGUCAACAACAUCAAGAUAACUAGCUCACUUUAAAAUUACAGAAAUGGAAUCAUUGUUGUAACGUCUUUCUGAUCGAUAUAAAGAUGGUAAUUAUAGAAUACAGAACUCGUGUUACACAAUCUUUGUAAUAUUUUGUCAUAGUUCUAUCAGUCCAAGUAUAUAAGCCUGCGUUGUAUGUGUAUGGUGGAUGCAACUUAGUUAAAAUUGUAUUGAAAAUAAUUUUAUGAACUUAUUAGAAUUGGAAUG